CUAUCUUAUCAACAAACUCCCCCUACACUUAGACCCUCCAUUUUUAACUGUCACCAACCAACUAAUCUCUCUUUCUCUCAAUUCUCAAAUGGCUAUGGCUUCUUUCUCCAACAUUUCAACACACUUGUUCACUCAUCACACUCACACUCAAACCAAAUUCUACCACUACAGCCAUUCUUCUUUACCAAGCUACAUCAUCACAGCCCGCCAUGAAGUUUUCACACUCUUCUCUUCCAAGCUCAAUCAUUCCUCUGCCUCUGCACCCAUUUUCAUGCCAAAUCAUUUGAUUCAUUCUCCGGUUUCCACUUCUUUCUCAGCUGGAAAUGGAGGCGGCUUUCCAGGGAGUGGAGGUGGUGGUGGUGGGGGAGACGACGGUGGAGGUGGGGAAGAGGAAGAAAGGGACAGAAAUAGAGAAGAGGCAAUGCUGGUUUUAGCUGAGGUUGGAAGGUCAAUGGAGAGUUUUCCGGUGGAUUUGGCUGUUGCUGUUAAGGCAGGGAGGGUGCCGGGUUCGAUAGUGAGGAGGUUUUUUGAGUUGGAGGAGUCAGUUGUUUUCCGAUGGUUGUUAAAAUUUGGAGGGUUUAAGGAAAGGUUGUUGGCUGAUGAUUUGUUCUUAACUAAGCUUGUUAUGGAGUGUGUUGUUGUCAUCUUUACCAAGGCAGCUGCAGAGUUGAAGAAGCGAAAAGAAAAUUUCUCAAAGGAGAUGGAUUUUGUUGUUGCUAAUGUGGUAACAGGCAUUGUAACAGGUUUUGUACUAGUUUGGUUUCCUGCUCCAACUGUUUCUCUUAAACCUCCUCCUGCAAUUAGUGCUGGAAUUAUUGCCAAAUUCUUCUAUGGAUGUCCUGAAAAUGCUUUUCAGGUGGCUUUGGCAGGAACAUCAUACACACUUCUACAAAGAAUAGGUGCUAUAGUGCGUAACGGGGCAAAGCUGUUCGUAGUUGGAACCGGUGCUUCACUGGUUGGUAUAGGUAUAACAAAUGCCUUGAUCAAUGCACAGAAGGCUGUAAAUAAAGCAUUUACUGUUGAGAAUUUACCUGUAAUCUCAACCAGUGUAGCAUAUGGGAUUUACAUGGUAGUAGUUAGCAACCUCAGGUAUCAAGUACUAGCAGGAAUUAUUGAGCAACGGAUUCUGGAACCAUUGCUACGCCAAAACAAACUUAUACUAACUGGAGCAUACUUUAUUGUUAGAACUGCUAAUACUUAUUGGGGCUCCCUACUGUGGGUGGAUUUUGCAAGAUGGGUUGGAGUCCAGAAGAUAAAGGCUUAACCAACCAUUACCUUGCAUCACAAGAUAUAGUAUAUAUGAGUUCAAUUCAAAGCUUGAGUAUAUUUGUUCAUUCAUAGAACUAUGAUUGGUUGGUUCUUCUUUCUUUUUUUUCUUUUGGAAGUGCAUAAGGGUCAUUUACUUUGUCAAAUAAUUUUAUAUUUUCAUUUUCUAAAAUUGUGUUAUUUUA